ACCUUCCAUAAUAAAAUUUCCCAACCCACGUUACCCAGAGCUCGCGCUCUCUCUCUCCUCUCCCUCUCACUCAUUCACUCGGGCAGCCACUUGAUCCAUAUAUAAAAACUCAGCCAAGGAUGCAAAAAGCUUCACAUUCAUAGCUCAAUCAAGGCUCAUUCUGGAGCAUUUUGGGGCCCAAAAAUCCGAGAAAUGGGUUUCGGGGUGGUCAGACUUAUUUUAGUUUCUUGUUGGUUGCUGUUUCUGCAACAAGCAAACGCAGCAGGAGUACUCAACAAAAGAAGCGCCUUGAGAGGAAGAAAGCAGGCGAGUGGGUGUAAUUUGUUUCAGGGAAAAUGGGUUCUUGACUCCUCUUUCCCUCUCUACAAUUCUUCUACCUGUCCUUUCAUAGACGCCGAGUUUGAUUGCCAAAAAUUUGGCAGACCCGAUUCCCUUUACCUCAAGUACACAUGGCGACCCGACUCCUGUAUUCUUCCAAGAUUUGACGGGGUGGAUCUUUUGAAGAAGUGGAGUGGGAAGAAGAUAAUGUUUGUGGGUGACUCACUGAGUCUGAAUAUGUGGGAAUCGCUGUCGUGUAUGCUCCAAGCGUCGGUGCCUAAUGCCAAAACCACCUUCGUCAGGAGGGACUCACUCUCCUCUGUCUUUUUUCAGGACUAUGGAGUAACACUGCUCCUGUAUCGCACUCCCUAUCUAGUGGACAUAGAGAGACAGGACGUUGGGCGAGUGCUAAAACUAGACUCCAUCCAGGCUGGAAAAGCAUGGCUAGGAAUGGACGUCCUGAUUUUCAACUCGUGGCAUUGGUGGACCCACACAGGACGCUCUCAGCCGUGGGAUUUCAUACAGGAUGGGACUACAAGGUACCAAGACAUGGACCGUUUGGUAGCAUUUUACAAGGGACUUACGACAUGGGCCAGAUGGGUUGACUUCAAUGUUGAUCCUACAAAAACCAAGGUCUUCUUCCAGGGAAUCUCGCCUACCCACUAUUUGGGGAAGGAAUGGAAUGAGCCAAGAAAGAACUGCAUUGGAGAGAGUGAGCCACUAUCCGGAUCCAUGUAUCCGGCAGGCGCACCACCAGCUGCAGAUGUUGUAAAUAGAGUGUUGAGUAGGAUAAAAGUACCUGUUUACUUGCUGGACAUCACGACGCUUUCUCAGCUGCGGAAAGAUGCCCAUCCCGCGGGUUAUGGUGGCGAGGGAGGCACAGACUGCAGUCACUGGUGCCUUCCGGGAUUGCCAGAUACAUGGAACCAGCUCAUGUACGCUGCUCUCCUAACCAUGUGAAGUUAAAUAAACUUUACUACGAGAUCUCUGUGAAGAAAAACUUGGAGACAACUCUCUUUUCUUCACAUCAGAAAAUAAAAAGAAAUGAAAGGAAAAAAAAAAGUAACAAGAAUACUAUUCAUUGGAGUGGUACAGAGAAAAGGAGCAUAAUGGAUAAGAUACUGUGAAAGGUGGAUUGUUUAUGCUUGUGAUUAGGAGAUGAAAUUUUACAGGACUAGGAAUGAACUUCUGGUUUAUUCAGUUUAGUUUGUACCCAUUUAGCUUUACACCUGAUUUGAUGGAUAGUUUUUUAAUCUUUUCACAGUGAUGCAACUUGUCAAAGUAAUUGGUUUUCUUAAAUUUAUUACUGAAAGCAGCAGUCCCGUUUGCACUA